AUGGCGAACACUGGCGCUCCCCCGAACUACUAUGCGAUCCUGGAGAUCACCGAGGCAGCUACGACCCAGCAGGUUCGAGAUGCAUACAAGAAAGCCGCCCUGAAGACACAUCCCGACAGGGUCCCCGCCGAUUCCCCAGAGCGAGCGUCACGAACCCGCAAGUUUCAGCUUGUCAACGACGCAUACUACACCCUUUCCGACACCACAAGGAGGCGCGAGUACGAUGCUCAGCGCAAGAUGUUCGGCGCGUCGGCCGGCUACACCGCCAACGACCCAUUCGACGAUCCCGAGGAGGAGAUCCCCCCGCAAGCCGGUCCCAAUACCAAUAACGCCUACUCCUGGGCUUGGAACUUCUUCACCGGCCAGCAGGCAAAGACAGAGGAGCAGCGCGAGAGGGCAGACAACCAGCAAUUCGGCGAUGUGUUCGAGGAGAUGCUGCGCGAGGAGGGCAUGGCGGAGGAGGGUACCAACCGACCGACGAGCUCUUUCUGGGGGACCAUCGGUGGCGUAAGCGGCGCUGCGCUGGGUUUCAUCGUCGGGAACAUGCCCGGCGCGUUGGCUGGAGGUGUUGCCGGGAACAGACUUGGGGCAGUUCGAGACGCCAAGGGGAAGAGCGUCUACGCGGUGUUCCAGGAUUUGCCGCAGUCAGAUCGUGCUAGGUUGCUCACACAGUUGGCUGCCAAGGUCUUCAGCCAUACUGUGGGGGUUUGA